GAUUGCUGCUCGGUUCGGAGUCGCCCGGUCUGAAAAUGAACCGCUUUAGCCCCUUCGUUUCCAGGCCCGAAGACCUCAAUUGCUGCUUCUGGGACAUAUUGCUGCUCCUCGCCGGGGAGCCGGCCUUCGGAUUCCUGCGGGAAGCGCUCUCCGCUCCUCCCGACGCGCCGGACGAGGCUUCGUCCGCCGACUCGCUUGACCGAGCCUUUACUUCCUUCGCGGAGACGUCGGAAGGCGGCUUAGAAGAAGCUGAGGAUUUACCUCACGCUGAGGAAACGAGAGGUCUCCCCGACGCCGGGGAAUGGAGUACUGGAGAUCAAGCCCCCGAUGGCUUUGCACCCCAUCCUGUAGGCCAGUGGUCUAUACAGGCCUUGCGCCUCCUCGAGCGGUCAGGGCACCCCACGAUUUGGAAAGCGUACAACUGGGGCUUGAUGCUGUUCAUUGCCUAUCGAGCAACCGUCCGGUUCCCCUCGGCUUGGCCCAUCCCAGGACACCAGUUCAGAGGCUUCCUGCUGUCUCUGGAUUCGGAGGGUGUCGCCGCAGCCCAAAUACUGACCUACCUGUCUGGCCUUUCCUACCUAUCCCAGACUUUCAAUUUCCAGGAUCCGCUUCAGGACUUGUUCACCUCCCACAUGAUCGUCUGCAUGCAGUGGCAGCGAGAACCUCCGAUCCCGCUGAGCAUGGAUACCCUGGAAUCGUUGCUGGGAGCCCUCGAAAGAGUCUGCAUCUGUUUCUACGAAUGCCUUAUGUUUCGAGCGGUGUUUUUACUGUCUUUCCACGCAGCUCUGCGGCCUAAAGAAAUAGUGGCUAAGACCUGCACAACUUUCCACCCGGAACUGCUUUGCUUGGACGAUAUCGAAAUGGAGGAAGACCGCGUCGGCCUUAAUAUAGCGGCUCCUGAGAUGGGCGCAGGGCGCAUCACGUACUGGUUAAGAUCCACCGAGCAACCGUCGCUUUGUCCCGUUCUGGCACUCAAAAAUUAUUUGGCGGUGAGACCUCGCGGCGAAGGGCCUCUCUUCUUAUAUAGCGACUGGCAUCUACUGUGCAAACGGCGAUUCUUGGAAGUGUUCCACGGUGCUCUAAGAAGACUCGAUCUCCCCGCCCAGCGGUACCGCAUACACUCUUUUUGGCUGGGCUCCCUCACGACUGCAGUGCGCUGUCGCUUCCCAGAGAGGGUGAUUCUUCAUUUGGCCCGGUGGCCAUGCAGGACAAUUCCUGGACGACCCAGGAGUUAAUGGCCAACUUCAAAAAGCCUUUUUAAAAAAAGCCAAAAUUAUAUUGAUGCUUUGGCUUUCCUACAAAGUCAGUCUUACUACGGACUGUGCUUAAUUCUUUGAUUAAUAAUUGCAACAUUCCAAGGGGGGGGGGAGGGAAUGGUAUCUUGGAAUCAAUUGUUUCAUAAAUGGAUGUUUUCUAGGGAGACUGUUUUUUUUGCAACAGUCAUAACUAUUUCAUAUUGAAACAAUAGAGCUGAGCUUUGGGUCUGAAAUUUUGGACGCUGUGCUGAAAUUCACCCCUUUGCUGUGGCUGCCGCAUAACUUUUUUAAAAAAUUUCCUAGGGAAAAGCCAUGUAACCAUGAAGACUAGCUAAGGAAUAGGGGGGGGUGGGAUGUAUGCAUUUACUGAGCUCAGAUGCAGUAUUUUCAUAAUGCUCUUACAUUGCCCAAGAAAGCACUACUGUAUUCCUCUCAGCAGAAGGAAUAAUGUCCUUUUGGUUCCUUAACUUGAGAAGGGAAACGACUAGCUUAUUGUAUUUUAUAUGAUGUAUUAACUAUAGAUAGAACCCAAACGUAUUUAGGAUAUUGUCCUUGCAGAAUCUGCAUUUUAAUGUUGCCCAAUGAAUGUGUGAACUAUUUUCUUCUUUGCUACAAAUGGAUUUUGUAACGUUGAAUAAAGUAUAUAAAACUUCAA